AUGGGUCAUGGAGGGGUCUUCCAGCAGGACAAUGCCCCUGAACAUACAGCCAAGGCAACACAGGAGUGUCAAAAGAAGAAGCACAUUCAGGUACUGCUUCCUGAAUGCCAUGAUGGGGACAAUGAAGAUGAUGAUGAUGAUGAUGGAGUCGAUGAGCCUGAUGGUGCCAGACAUUCGUUGGGCUUAAGAGGAGGGCCUUGUGGGAAUGUAAGUGUUGCAGAGGCCUCAGACGGUACCAGUGAAGAUGACAACACUCCCCUUUCAACCUCCCUGGAACCCAAGUAUUUCUCCCAGAGCAUCCACCAGGACACAGAAGAUUCAGAUGAUGGGUGGAAUUAUUGCCCAGACAACCUGGAGCAAGAAUUUAAACAAGGUGCACAUGCCACACAGAGUGUGGUUUACCAGAACGAUGAAGGACAGUGGGUGACUGACCUGGCAUAUUACUCCUCCUUUGAGAAAGAGGUUGAUGGGAAGACUUCAGAGAAUGUUGGCCAAUUACAGACUGAGGAAUUUCUUCCUCCCAGUGAUGCUUUGGAAAAGAUAGCUAAGGAUCAAGAGAAAUUUGAGAAAGAGCACCAAUUUAUGCAGGAGGAGAAGAUAGAACCAGCCAGCAGCAACAGCACCUUUAACAGCGACUCCUCUUGGAAGGUUCCCCCCAACAGUAACAUCCUGAUGAGGGCUUCGCAGGUCUCCACAGAGUAUAAGCAGGGGGACCAGAGCUACCUGCGACUGACUUUGGGGCAGUUUUUUGGACAGCGCUCUGAAGCCCUUGGCUGUCUUGGCAGUGCUGAUGAUUUGGAUUUUGUUAAACGGCCUUCCUUUGGCUACAUCAUUACCUCUCCAGAGAAAAGGGACCCAUUUCCCCUAAUUCAUCCCUCAGAGUUCUCAGCUGGAGGCAACUCUCUAGCUGACACUAUGGAACCCAGUGAAGCAGACAAGACACUCAACCCAGAAGACCUGGACCAAACUCUUGAGGCACCAGGUGAAAGGAUGUCACUGAAAGAUGAAAUUGCACCGUAUGAACAGGAGGAUCAUACUGUAAGAGCUGCACCUGGCCACCAUGAGGGCUCUGGCUCUGAUUCAAGCUUAGGUAACCAAAGCAGUGCGUCCCCUAACAGUAACAACAGCCAAAUGAUGCUGAGUAUCAGCACAAUUGCUUCAGCCAUUGCUGAUGCGUCCAUCAGCACUGACCCAUCGCAGCUGGCUGCCAUGAUAAUGGCGCUCUCCAAGAGAAGUAGGGCGAUGAAUAGACCUGAGAGAGCAGACCAUGUUGGACCUACAGCCAACUUUACAGAGGAACCCCACUCGGUGGAACAUAUCCUCCCUGAGCCAGAUCAGAGCAGCCUGCUGGACAUAUUGCACAGAAGCACCUGUGUUGGAGAGCUGAGUGCCUUUGACAUGGAGAAAUACCUGAAAAUGACGGAAGUGUCAUGCAGCCCUGACGCCUCUGUGGCUCACACCACCUUUGACCUGACCGCCUGGGCGAACAACCUCAGCAGCUCUCAAAGGAACCCUCAGGGGGGGUUUCCUGAGGAACAGGGGAGCUCAGCUCAGCAAGUGGACAGUAAGACUCAACAGAAGCCAACAAUAACAGAAACUGGGGAGAAAGGCCGAGGAGGAGAGACCUCAAUAAACACUAGCUUGUCUACAGAGCCAAAUUCAUUAUCUCCCGGUCAUAAGGGUCACUCAAAAAGAAGCUCUAUCCCUCGUCCCCGUACAUCUUUCAGCUCUGCCAGAAGAUCUGUGGGCUCAAGGCAGACUUCAACUCUCACGACACUGGCAGACAAAAGGACUUCCUCUGGCAGGAACCUUACAGAAAAUGUCAAGCCAGGAGAAUGGAACCAACAGGCCUCCAACAAUAUUAGAUCUUCCUUAGAAACAUCACAAAAUAGUGAAACAGGAUCCUCUUCUACACCUGGAAUGCAUAAAAUCCUACCGGGUUCAUCUAAAGGUUCCUCUUCUCCGCCACAGAGGGUGAAGACUGCAGGCCAGCAGCAGCAGCAGCAGCAGCAGGAGGGACAAAGCAAUUUUCCAGCAAAGAACAUCAUGGCUGCUCCACUACCUGGUAGUUCUGUGGAGAAGCAUGUCGGAUUCUCUGGCCAAAACAACCAGCAUCUACUAGACCCUCCACCUGAGCUGCUGAAGGGUUUUGCUGAGCCUUGCGUGGAUGAGACGCAGUAUAACUUCAGACCGUCCACCUCUCCGCUUACUCACUCCUCUCCAAGUCAGACCUCCAUUCCCAAAGCUGAUGGUAUGGUGUCCCCUGAUUCAUCCAGUGGUUGUCUAGCGGGCAGACAUCCAGGUAUUGACCUCUCUCCUCAGUCAACCUGCUCCAGCCCCAGUCUCAGCAGGCUCACAUACAUCUCAAUGAAUGAUGGCACUGUCAUACCUACACCUGACAGGCAAAAGAAUAACUGUACCAUGGCACUGAGCUCCACCAUCAUCAGGUUCAGUCCAACUCCACCUCUGGAUCAAGAUGAACAGUCUGCACAAGAUAUUCUUGGCUUGCCGAAAAGCCUGGACCAGGUGCGACCACAGCAUUCUAAAAGUCUGGACCCACUACCAGCACAGCAGAGUAAAAGCCCAGAGCCCUCACGUAGUGCAUCUGGUCUGAGCUGCACUCGUAGCCAGAGUGAAUGUAACUACAACUUCCCCGGAGACAGACCUGGGGAUCUCUCAGCAGGUUACGGGAACCACAAGCACAUCUCUGAGUCCAAUGUAAGACAGCUCACUAAAGUGGACUCAGGCUAUUGCAGUAAUCUGAACAUUCAGCAAACUAACAGCAGUGCACCUCCAAGCUCUCAGUGGGGAGCUGCUAGCUCAAUGGCAUCGUCAGUGUAUGCUGGUGGCCUUGGAAUGCCAUCAUACACAUCAGGGGGACUUCACUAUGUACCCAUCCCCAGCUUUAAUCCCCAGUGUGCUGGCUUGAUUGACCCCCCCCACCAAGGAGAUAUACAGUCCCUUCUUGCUGGACGCUCACUUUUCAACUCACAGCUGGCUCAGCAGUAUUUGGGACCUGAAGUUCCAUUACAUCCUAGUGCCUAUCAUGUGGGAGCAACAGGACAUGGUCUCUUCAGUGUGUCCUCUACAGGCAUACCCAACACUGAACUAACAGGGAGACACGUCCAUUCCACAUCAGUUCCUCUGGGGAUUCCUGGCUCUGCUGGAACACAUCACCUCAAUACACCCCAUCAUGGCCAGCAGGACGCGGGAAUGAUGGGAAAACCCUUCAGUCAAUAUGGUGUAGAGCCAAUUGGGGCUGGUGGUCUUGAGGAUCUGAGAGGACAAGUGGUGGUGCCAGAAGAACUGCGGUUCCCUCACACCUGCUGUGUAGGCAUCGCUUCACAAACCUCCCUGAGUCUCUUCAACCCCUCGGAGAGAUGGCAGCAAGUAGCAAUUACUGUCACCAGCUUGGCCAUUGAUGGAGAGAAGGUGGAUAGCCUCCCGUUCCAGUGGCUUAUAGUGAAAAACAAGACCAUCAUUGCCCCCAAGAGUACAGAGGAGCAGAAGUUGUUGUUUAUCCCUCCACAGGCUGGUGUCUACCAGUGUGUCUUUAGUGUUUGCUCCUGGCCUGCAUCUGCCGAGACAGAGGUUGCAGCCAGGGCCAACAUCUUUGCUAAAAGAGUUGUUCUGGUUGCUAUAGCAGAGAAUCCUGCGCUAGAGGUUGAAUUAAAUGAAUCAGGCUGUCUGGAUUUUGGAGACCUUUCAGGAGGCAGUGCCAGAUCCCUUCCUCUCAAACUGCUCAACUUGACUCAUGCUACAGUGCCCAUCCGUCUGGUCAUUAGUGCAAACGCUACAGCCUGGAGGUGCUUCACCUUUUCAAGGCACCCUGUUACCAACACAUCUGAGGCGAAACAACAGGCUGGACACAUGGCCGCAGUGUCCUCUCCCUCUGUGAUGAAUCAUGUGAUGCAUGCCAGCAACGAACAGCAUGCUCAGGCAAUUGUGGUAUCCACCAAAAUGAAAAGUGUUAUUGCUGUGAUAAGACGGGUAGAGAUACACCUUCUCACCAUCUUGGUGCUGCCAUCAGGUCCUCAGUAUGAGGUAACUCUGAAAGGCGAAGUUGUCCCAAAGGACUCAGGGAAAGCUCCCAGUCCCUCUGCUGAUGUCGUUGUUCCCGCUGUGGCCAAUGAUGUUCCACCAAUUCUCUCUAAUAAACAGUUUGUAGCCUGGGGAGGAGUCACUCUGGGACGAGCUGUGCAACAGAAGCUGGUUUUAAGGAACAAUUCGACCGACGCCACGCAGCAGCUACGGUUGCUUAUCCGUGGUCAAGACCAGGAUUGUUUUCAGCUGCAGAGUAUGUUCAGUCCUGAAGAGCGCCUGACCCGACAUGGAGAGCUGUCCAUUCGUCCCAGAGAAGAUGUGACCGUCCACCUGCUCUUUGCUCCCACCAGAGUGGCCUGCAUGUUGGCCAAACUGGAGAUUAAACAGUCUGGAAUCCGGCCUUCACAGCCAGGGGUCAAAUUCACUAUUCCACUGUCAGGCUACGGUGGGACGAGCAACAUCAUUCUGGAGGACCAGAGAAAACAGGCAGACGGCUAUGUGGCAACAUUGACUGACAUCGCUGUCGGUCGUGUCAGUAAAGUGUGUAUUUGCGUGAGGAACACUGGCUCCAGAGCAGCUUUCAUCAAAGCUGUGGCCUUCUCAGAUGUGCAAACACGAUCAGUUAUGGAACCCUCUGUGAUCAGCAUCGCCCCGUCACAGUUUGUGCUUAAGGAAAGGACACAAGAGGUGAUAACUGUACUAAUAAAGUCCACUCAAAGAGAACAAGCCCUAUGUCAGUCGGCCAAUGCAAUGCUGGCUACCGUCUGCCUGUUUUGUGGAGAUGAGGUUUCCAGGCAGCAGUACAGGAGAUUGCUUCAGAGCAAACCGGAGGCGGUGAAGAAGGCUCUGUCUGAAAACAGUCUGCUGAAAAACAUCAAUUUCUAUGAAACGUUUUUGGGAGAAGAAAACCUUACAGAGGGUAAGAUGUCUUUAUUGUGCUACUCAAAUAUUAUAUUUUCAUUCUCCUCUUUAAAAAAUGGCGGAUAUUAUGUUUGAAA